GUUCACGCGGGACUCCAUCUCUUCUUCCGCCGACACAUCAGCUCUUUGCCUUUAGGGCAUUGGUUAAGUCUUUUCUCUCGAUGACUGCUGGGGAGCCGCACGCGUUCACCGUCUACGGGUGGAUCGUGUGCGUGUGGAUUCUCGUUGUCUCCUUCCAGUACGGCUUCCACAUUUCCAGCCUCAACCAAAUUCAAGCAGUUCUUACUUGUCGCGUCUCUGCCAUUCCUGGCACCCCGUCUACACACUAUGGUCUCCCGACAUGUAUCCCCAUGGACGACGCGACCUUCUCGGUUGUUACCUCGGUUUACACCGUCGGAGGGCUCCUUGGAAGUCUGGGUGCAAACAUCAUUAUGGACCGCUGGGGACGUAAAGGUGCUGUCCUAGCAAGUUCAUUCAUAACGGUCAUUGGUGCUGGUUUCAUGGGAGUCGCGGCUUCGUUGUCCCCCCUCGUCAUCGGACGACUUCUCACUGGUGUUGCUGCCGGUCUCGGUCUUUGCGUCGGGCCUAUCUACAUCGCCGAGAUCGCUCCCAGCAAGAUAAAAGGCGCCGUCGGUGUCCUCACCCAAUUCGCCAUUGUCAUUGGCAUCAUGGUCACACAGGGCAUGGGUCUCAAACUGGCAACUCCGCAGACUUGGCGCACCGUGCUCUUGUUUUCUGCAGCCCUGUCCCUUGCACAGCUCCUAGCAGGCACCAUCAUCGUGGAGUCGCCAGUGUGGUUGAAUCGUCACGGUCUACUGCGCGACAAGGAUACGAGUGCACGCAAGCUUUGGAAGGCCGCUACGGUGUUGCACAGCCCGGAUGCUGCGAAUGAGGACGUCGAAGACCCUCUGUUGGGCGCGAACGACGAGCGUAGCUCUCUGAACCCAGACCGUCGCGAGGAUCAGCACCACGCAGUGAACGCCCCUACUGUUUUGCGCCGUGCAGAGUUCCGCAAGCCUCUGGCCAUCGUGUGCUUCUCCAUGCUCUCUCAGCAGCUCUCUGGUGUUAACGCUGUUUUGUACUAUAGCAAUGACAUCUUGUCGAAGACACUCCCGGAGAUAGGACCUUACGUUUCCCUCGGUAUCACCGUCGUGAACGUCUUCAUGACGUUCGCUCCUAUCAUUCUCAUCGACCGUUUGGGGCGCAGACAACUUCUAACCCUGUCUGGCGCUGGAGCUAUCCUAUCGCUUGUCGGAGUUGGCAUCGGUUUGGACAGCGGCGCGGUGACCCUCGCUAGUGUAGCGGUGAUGGCGUUCAUCGCAUCGUUCGCUCUCGGCAUCGGGCCCGUUCCGUUCGUUAUGAUACCGGAAGUAUCGCCACCACACGCUGUUUCCGCCCUAUCGUCUAUCGGGCUGUCCCUCAACUGGAUCGCCAACUUCCUCGUCGGACUCGUCUUCCUGCCGCUCCGUAACUUCCUCGCGGACGGCGACGAGUCGAAGGAGGGCCGCGUCUUCUUUGUUUUCGCCGCUCUUUUGGCGUUCUUCAUGGGCAUGCUUCUCCGCUCUUACAAAGGAUGAAGCUGUGGGGGCGGUAUACGGUCGCUGUGCAUAUUCUUGUCGCUUUCUUUGCAACUUUGUGGGUCAACUGGACGGACUUGAGACAUUGUAUUAUAGAGCAUCUUGGGAC